GUUAUUUUUAAUGUUGUUGGGUUGAGCUGUCAAAGUGUCAAAGUGUAAAUUGGUAAAAGUUUUGUAAGUUUAAUGAAAGUUUUUACAAACUUACGAAAUUUAUUUUGUCCUCAAAUUAAUGUUAAAUGUUUCUAAGAAACAAUUCUCUGGAUAUUGAAAAGCACAAAGGAGUGUUGCUCCCCUUUACAAUAGUGGGAAUAUUAAUCUAGAAGGAAAAAAGUGCAUGCGAACGUAAAUAACGUUGAUAUUAAGUGCGCGAUUUAUAAUUUAAAGGUUAGAUGGGGAAGAUGAAUCAUAUUACUGAAGCAAAUAUCAAGCAAUGUUUAUCGAAAUUUAUAUUCUAGUUAAUAAAUAGCUCCAAAAACAUUUAUCAAUUAAAAGGAGAUCCGUUCGACAAAAUAAAUAUUAAGAAUGCUUAAGGAAAUAAAUAUUCCAUUUCAGUAUCGCAAUUCAGAUGUAACACGCAGAGAUGUUAUCAGUGUUUUGCAAAUUUACAAAGGAUUGCAGCACAAAAUGGAGCAUUAUGUAUUUAAUGAUGGAUCUCGUAAGGAACUUAUUAAUUUACAAGGAACGAUACCUGUGACGUACAAAGGUAAUGUGUAUCAUAUUCCAAUAAGUAUUUGGGUGAUGGAUACACAUCCAAAUAAUGCGCCAAUGUGUUAUGUUAAUCCAACUCCGGAUAUGAAUAUUAAAGUUGGCAUGUAUGUGGAUCACAAUGGAAAAAUUUAUUUGCCUUAUUUACACGAUUGGGUUCCUCAUUCCUCGGACUUAUUGGGUUUAAUUCAAGUGAUGAUUAUCACUUUCGGUGAUCAUCCGCCAGUUUACUCGAAGUCUCCUCAACCGACCACGACUCCGUAUCCAAAACAACCUUUCAUGCCUUUACCUGGAAGUGGAUCCGGAGUGAGUGGAGGAGCCUAUCCUCCGUACCCGCCAUCUUCGCAAAUGGGAAGUUCAGUGUUUCCUCCAUAUCCCGUAAUGCCUGGAAGUUAUCCUUAUCCGAAUUAUCAACCGGGAAUGACUCCUGGUUAUCCUCCAAGUCAAGGAGCAGGGGGAAUGUAUCCUCCUUAUCCACCGUCAACUCAACCAUCACCGACAGUAGCUGGUGGAUCAGGUGGUUCGGGAACAAUAACAGAGGAACAUAUUCGUGUCUCAUUGCUUUCAGCAGUCGAGGAUAAAAUGCGACGUCGUCUUCGUGAUCAAUUCUCUCAAUUACAAGCCGAGCUUGAAACAUUGCGUAGAACGCAACAAGAAUUGACAAAUGGUUCAGCGCGCUUAAGUGAUUUAUUCGGCAAACUGAAUAAAGAUAAAGCCGAAUUGGAGAAAAAUAUUAAUAUCCUCCAGGAUAAGGAAUCCGAAUUGGAAAAUGAAAUAUCGAAACUUUCAGACAAUCAGGCAAUUGAUGUUGAUGAGGCUGUCACUCCUAUUGCACCUCUAUACAAACAAAUGUUGAAUGCUUUUGCUGAAGAGGCAGCAACUGAGGACGCAAUUUAUUAUUUAGCAGAAGGUCUUCGUAGCAAUAUAAUAGAUUUAGACGCAUUUUUAAAGCAAGUUCGUCAACUUUCAAGAAGACAAUUUAUGCUCAGAGCACUAAUGUCGCUUUGUCGACAAAAAGCUGGUUUGGCUGGUUAAAAAUACCACUAAAAUUGGCCUUUUAUUUUGAAAAAUAUGGCAUCGCUUUAUAGACACAGUUAAUUCUCUAUUUUUUGAUUUAUGUUAGAAAUAUAUUCAAGAAAAUUUUAAUGCUGUACAUGUAAAAUAUCGAGAAAUACAUAUAAACACUAUAUUAAUGAAAA